AUGGGGCGCGGUAGACGGGGACAUCGUGGCGGCGGCCGUGGCGGAGGUCGCGGAGGCCGUGACAACAACCGUGGCAGCCAUCGGCCUUACCAGACCUACCCGGAGGUCAAGAAGGAGAACCAGCGACUCGAGGAGUACUACAACACGUUGAUCAACCUGCCCGAAGAUGAGCGGGCCGAGUUCUGGGCCGCUCUUCGGAGGGAACUUCCUAACAGCUUCCGCUUUUGCGGUUCUAAGGGGCACGCUCUCGCUGUCAAGCGGCUGCUGCAAACACGCUACAUUCCCGAGAUCACCCGCAUCACUCACGAAGGCGUCACGGUCGCCCCUCCGACCUCUGUGCCUUGGUAUCCCGACGGGCUCGCCUGGUCCAUGACCACCCCGAAGAACGUCAUUCGCAAGUUCCCGCCUUUCGCUGCGUUUCAGAAAUUCCUAGUGUCCGAGACGAGCGUCGGAAACAUCAGCAGACAGGAGGUGGUGAGCAUGAUUCCGCCGCUGCUCAUGGAUGUCAAGCCGGGCAUGGCCGUGCUUGAUCUGUGUGCGGCGCCCGGCAGCAAGGCCGCUCAGCUUCUUGAGUUCAUCCACCGUGGCGAGGAGGCCCGUAUUCGCCAAGUUAUACGAUCGUUCUCCGGCGAGGAGCCCAGGGCCGAAGACGUCCAGGAGGAAGACGAGACCACCCGGUUGGAGGCGGAUCCCAGCGAUGAUGGUCGGGCCACCGGCAUGCUCAUUGCUAACGACGCCGACUACAAGCGCAGUCACAUGCUGAUCCACCAAUUGAAGCGCCUGUCUUCUCCCAACAUGAUCGUCACAAACCACGACGCCACCAUGUACCCUUCGCUCAGGAUACCGAACCCCGAGAACCCAACCAAACCGAACUACCUCAAGUUUGACCGCAUCUUAGCCGACGUUCCUUGCUCCGGCGAUGGCACUCUGCGCAAGAACGUCAACCUGUGGAAGGAUUGGACCCCUGGUAACGCCUUGGGUCUGCACCUCACCCAGGUCAGGAUUCUUGUGCGAGCCCUGCAAAUGCUCAAGCCGGGAGGCCGCGUCGUCUACUCGACCUGCAGUAUGAACCCUGUAGAAAACGAGUCGGUUGUGGCUGCGGCUAUUGAGCGGUGCGGUGGGCCUGAGAAGAUCGAAAUUCUGGACUGCAGGGAUCAACUUCCCCUGCUCAAGCGGAAGCCGGGCUUGCGGAAGUGGCAGAUCAUGGACAAGUCAUCUCGUCUGUGGAAAACAUGGGAGGAGGUCGAGGAAUACACAAAAUCUGCCGAGGGCAACAUUGCGCCGGGCCGUUUGGUGGAAAGCAUGUUCCCCCCGACUGAGGAGAGCGGUUGUGCUGAUCUUCCUCUUGAGAGGUGCAUGCGGGUGUAUGCUCAUCAGCAAGACACUGGUGGCUUUUUUAUCACUGCGCUGCACAAGAAAGCGGAAUUUAAAGCGAAGCCUGAGGAGAAUAGGAAGCAACCGAAAACCGGCGCCCCUAAGCGGCCUCUGGAGGAGGAACAGGAGGGCAAGGAGGAUGCUGGCGUUAAGAAGCUAAGGUUGUCCGAAGAGCCCGCCAACGAGGAGGCUGCGGUUCCCGAACCCCUGGAACCCGCUGCCCAGGAGACCACCACUGAAGUGGAAGCGCAAGAAAAGCCCGCGGCCGCCGAGUCUAUUGCGGCCAUCGAAGCUCCCGCUAAUGGAGACGCCUCGGAGCCUUCAGCAGCUCCGCAGGCGACAGACUCGACAUCCGCAACACCUUCUGCCGCUACCCCAGCCGCCACCACCGGCCAAGACGCCCUCCCAGAGCCGAAACGCAAGCCCGAGGGGCCGUACGAGGAACCCUUCAAGUUUCUCUCCCCCGACCACGACGUCAUCAAGAACGUGGCAGAGUUCUACUCCAUCUCCUCCCGUUUCCCCUCAGACCGGUACAUGGUCCGCAACGCGCUGGGUGAGCCGGCCAAAGCCAUCUACUACACCUCCGCUCUGGUGCGCGACAUCCUCGUGCUCAACGAAGGCCGCGGCGUCAAGUUUGUGCACGGCGGUGUCAAGAUGUACGUAAAGCAAGACGCACCCUCCGCCGACGUGUGCCGGUGGCGCAUCCAAAGCGAGGGCAUGCCGAUCCUGCAUGGGUACGUCGGCCCGGAGCGUGUCGUCGUCCUGCGCCGUAAGGCAACCCUCAAGCACCUCCUUGUCGAGAUGUUCCCCAAGAUUGCCGGCGACGAUUGGCGGCGCAUGGACGAGAUUGGCGAGCGUGUCCGCGACCUGGCCCUUGGGUGCUGUGUCCUGCGUGUGGAACCUGAGCGGGGUGCCGAUGGUACUGUCGAUGAGGACUUUGCCGAGUCCAUGGCUUUGCCAUUGUGGAAGAGUUUCCAGAGCUUGAAUCUGAUGUUGCCCAAGGAGGACCGCAGUGCCAUGUUGUUGCGGAUCUACAAUGAUACAACGCCGCUGAUCAAUAUGGGCAUUCAGCGAGACCAGAAGAAGGACCAGAAGAAUGAUGAAAGUGCCGAUGCUGACGCUGGCGCCGAUGCUGGCACCGGCACUGGCGAGGCAGCCAAGGACACCGAGAUGAAUGAUGCCACCGAUGGAUCUUGGGAAAUCGUUGAGGGGCCAGUGUCAACGGCUACAGGUGCUGCCAAUGCGGAAGAGACAACCGCUUGA